UAUUUCUAAUUGCAAUUCUUGACGUCACGCGUUAAGUGUCGCGCGCGCUUAGUUAAGGAGGCAAGAGCUUGCACGGACUAAAUCUCAAUACAAAGAUAACCAACACGCGAAAUUUGGCCUACAAGCCCUGCAAGUAUUGGAAUGGCGACAAAGUAUAGCGUUCCUGGAAAAACUGGAAUUACAUUAGUGAAGAAAGGGGAUGCUUGGGUACCUAAAAAGGAGGAGAGAAAGACCACAUUGGAGCUUCAUGGUUAUACAGUUAUGAGGAAUCUAGGCGAAGGGGCAUUUGCAAAGGUCAAGCUGGCAAAAUCCAAAAAACAUAACUGCCAUGUCGCUAUCAAGAUUAUUGACAAGAGAAAGGCACCUAAGGACUAUAUUUAUAAGUUUUUACCCAGAGAGAUUCGUGUUAUGCACAAACUCAACCAUCCAAAUGUGAUUCAGCUUUACGAAGCCAUUGAAACCGAGACCAAGGUAUACCUAAUCCUAGAGCUCGCCGAGGGCGGUGACCUGCUGGAGUACAUCAAUAAAAACGCGUUAUUGCCCGAGGAGCGGGCGCGGGUGAUUUUCUGUCAGUUUGUAGCCACGAUGGCGUACUGUCACAAGGAACGUGUGGUGCAUAGGGACCUGAAGUGCGAAAACUUGCUGCUUGACGCGAAUGGCCGGCUCAAGAUAACAGAUUUCGGCUUUGCGUGUAACACCCACAAGACCAACAUCCUUCAGACAUUCUGUGGCUCGUACGCUUACUGUUCUCCCGAGAUCCUUCGCGGUGACUUGUACGAUGGCCAGGCCUCGGAUAUCUGGAGCAUGGGUGUGGUGCUGUACGCGCUGGUCUGCGCUAGACUGCCUUUUGGCGAUGACGACCUAAGGGCGAUUAUGAACAGGGAGCCGAGAAAGCUAAGGUUCUCUAAGAAGACAAGUAAAGAAUGCCGCGAGUUGAUCCGUAAGAUGCUGGCGCUGGACGAGAAAAAGCGACCCACAGCAGAAGAACUGCUUCACGAGCCUUGGUGUAAGGAGCCACUGCGUAAGAUGCCCGAGCUGGCCUACCUCGGCCACAGGAAGCCAUCCAUGACACACAUCCAUCCAUCACCACCUCCCCCACCCCCUAUCAACGAAUACGUUGAUGAAGUUUUCCCAGCAACAGUUCAUCCCCUCUGCGAUCAGGGCGUAGUCUCUUGUCUAGCGUACCCCGGUGCCAACAUACCCAUCCGGUACCGGUAUGACCGGGGGCGCAGGCACACCAUCGCCAUGACAACGCCCCUGGUGGCGGGAAACCAAAACAAGCGGCGGGUUUCCCUGCGAGACGAGCUGCUGAGAACUAUCGCUGAUAAGGUCAUUAGGAAAAACUCCUCACAGCUUAUUGCUGAAGAGAUGCGCCAGUCAAAGUCACUUGAAAAUAUCAAGAAGAUAAACCAAGGAAAACACCCGCGCAGAGCCUCUAUCGUCCAUGACGUCAUCGAAGUAGAUCGCAACAUCGCGAAGGAACGUCGCAUGUCUAUGAGCACGCGUAAGAAAUCCAUAGUCGCUGACGUCGUGUACAACCCGGAGAAAGACAAGGUCCACAACCCGCCCAAGAAAUUCGCGCAUCUUGAAGCCCGCCCAUAUAAGGGCACAGUGAACAUGCCAGGAUUGGAGGUCACAGCUGAUCAGGACAACCGUAGGAAAGAGCUUGCGUCACUUAAGUUCUCCAAGGCGGGGACCGCUGCUCGGGUUGCUGCAAAGGAGGCUCAUAGGGAAGUGGAGCGCAGGCGCGCCUCGGUGUCCGAGGGGACUGGCCCUGCGUGUGACGAGCGACUCAAGCGGCUUGAGAAAUGGAGGAUGAAGUGUAUGAAGAUCCUAAACAAGACAGCGGUUGUGGGCGAUAACUUUUCUUUUACUGUUGUUAGUCAAGGUACUGAGAGCCAGGGGUAACUGUACGGAUGCGAAGAUGUAAAAUUUAUUUGAUGUUAUUCAAUUAUUUUUAUGGUUGGUACCAUAUUUUUCACACUGAUUUGUUGUGGCGUGAGACGCUGACACUGAAUCAAGAGCAUGUAAAGUUUCAAUAAACUUGUCUUACGUUACAAAA